GUGGAGUGUGUGUGUGAGUGUGAGUGUGUGUGUUGAGGUAAUGAGGGGGGUGUGUGUGUGUGGAGGGGGGGGUGUGUUGUGGUGAGUGCAGCCUCUCAGUGAGCAGCUGGAUCAGCAGCAGUCCCUCCGCACCGCAGGAUGUUGCAUGAAGUUUUGUCGAUGCCUUCACUAUCAGGAGUCAUGAGGACACUUUUCUGUCUCCUUCUCUGGAAGAAAACAGCAGCUCAAAGUGUGCAGGUGCGCUGCUCGGUGGGGCCGUUGGGAACGCUGCACCCGGUUCAGGGUCGGCUGGAGCGGUUCGAUGCCGGGCCGGGCUGCGCUGCCAGAGAACGAGGAGACAAAGAAACUCAUGUCAUCGCAGUGGGGAGAGUUACAAACAGCCCAGAAAACCAGGUGACGGUGUUGCUGAAGCCUUUUUCUCUGACGCCUCUCAGAAACAUCCACCUGCUGCUCAGCUCCAAGAUACCAGUCAGCUGGUGGCUGGAGGCCGAGAAACUCCCCCUCAACCUGCCUGUACUGGUGCAGGUAUCUUCAAACUCCAAUGUGCAUACCAGCACGCUGCAUUUAAAUGUCCAGACGGUGCAUUCACUGCCUUUUCAUCCUCGUGCUCUGCACCGCUGGGCUCUGAAACACCACGGAAACCUGUCCUCUUUCACACACACAACUCACGGAAACCGAGUCUACGUCCCACUGGGAGAAGACCCCAGCCUCCCUGCUGUGUGCCAGCUGCAGUCCGUGUUCCUCUCCAACAGCUACGUGACCUCUGACCUGCAGACACAGGAAGUGCAGGGCUGCAGUGACGCUCCAUCAGGAGGGAUCAGUGCUGAAGUCCAUGUGAUCAAACUCCAUUCAGCGGGAUCAGGACUGUGUGGCUCUCUCCAGGUGGAGGUGAUUGUCUCUCUUCUGCCCCUGAAGGUCGACUCAAGGACCCAGACGGUUGUUCUGAUUCUCAGCAGCUCGGUGCCCGUCAACUGGGCGAUUCACGCGCCUGGUGUCCGGGGUCAAGUUUCUGUUUAUUCCUCCCACAGUGUAUCCCCGCCCUACCCAGUGGAGCCGGACCUGACCCUGUCCAUCACCCUGACCUCUGACCUCUCCUCAGUACCGGACCUUCUGGUUUGGACCUGUGAGAGUGGACACCCCCAUGUGACCUCGUACACUGAGGCUGACCUGGCCAAUCGCUUUGUGAUCCAGCUGUCUGGGGGCAGGACAGAUGUGGUGGCAGUGAAGAGUCUGGUCGGUGCGAGGCCUCGCUGGGCGGAGGAGCACCGGCUGAGGCAGUGGCUGAGCGGACGAGGGAGAACAGGAGGAGGACGGGAGAUUUUCACGGUGCAGUGUGAGGAUGGACGCCUCAGCGUGAGCGUAGACCAACACAUCCUGCAGGGUGUGUCUGACCCUGUGGUCGCUGUGACUCUACGAGACUCUGCAUGCCAGGGUCAGUCUAACGGCAGCCACUUCCUGUUGGUGUUUCCGGUCAUUUCCUGCGGGACUGAGGGUGUGUUCACAAAAAAGCCUCGAGGGGUGCAGUACAAAAACAUGGUGUUAUUAUGGAGGGCCGAUCGUCAGUCCAUUCUCACACUCAAUGAGACAGAACUGAAGUCCAAUAUUCCCCUCAGCAUACCUUUCAGCUGUCUGGCGGGAGUUCCCCCCCUCCUCAGAUCUGUUAGUGUGGAUAAUGUUAACUCUCCGGAGAAAAAUCCUGUCCCAUGGGCAACUGAGGGUCCGGGUUCUGAUCCAGGACUGAGCAACUUACCAACUCAACCCAGAAACAAAUCCUGGCCUGUUCUCAUUUUGAAGCUUUUUGUCACCGAGAGCUACGAACAAAGGCGAAUCGGCCCCUGUGUCAUAACUGCAGACCAACGUGUCUAUGUGGAGAUUUCAGCCAAAGGGUCCUUCAUAGAAGUUGUGGAGGUGAAGUCGUGUGCCGUCUCUCCUCUGUCAGACUCAAAAAAGUCUCCUUUCUGGAGCAUCAUAAGCGACGGCUGUUCCUCGGACCAAUCACUGACCCUCACUGCAAAAACGAAAGAUGAAGAUGGAGAACUGGAAGAGGAAAAUGAAGAGAUAGAUGGACCGGGAAAAGGGCGAAAUGGAGAGGUCCAACAACAACAACUUAAAGUUAACAGAAGAGGGAGAGAAGAACCAGAACCGAUAGAAAAGAAGAAAGCAAUGAGAGAGGAGAUACAACCCCUGAGAUUUAGCUUCAUCCUGAGACCAGUUUAUAAUAACUCUGUUCAGUUCCUCCACUGCAGCCUUCUUCUGUGUACCUCCGAGUCAAAAAGAGGGGAAUCGACAAAGGAGACAGGAAAUAAUGACUGUGAGGAUGAACAACGUAUUCCUCCACUUGUGUCUAGAUCAACCCGACAUCAGUGUGAGAUCAGAAACCUCUCCAGGCCGAUGGUGGUCACCGUGCCCAUCAGCUCACUGGCACCCAAAGCUCUGCAUCCUCCUGCUGGACCAACAUCCAAGAGACUGAGUGUUUCCCCAAUGACCAGUCCAGACCCCGAGCACAGCAGCUUGGCAGAACAGACAGGAAUGUUGAUGGGCGUCGUCGUCAUUGCCUUUGUGAUGGGGGUCAGUCUGAUGGGGGGCGUUUGGUGCAUCUAUAAGUACACAGGGGCACGGCCAGCAUCACCUGGAAGAGAAAGUCACUUAACAGCCAACACUCGAGAAGGCCACACCAUCUAUAAUCUACUGUCAGCAGCUGAUCAGCCCUCCAGCUCUGUGUAGAGGAUUUCCUGCAAAUCUGAGAACUGGGACAGAGGUUUCUGUGUGUGUGUGUGUGUGUGUGUGUGUGUGUGUGUGUGUGUGUGUGUGUGUGUGUGUGUGUGUGUGUGUGUGUGUGUGUGUGUGUGUGUGUGUGUGUGUGUGUGUGUGUGUGUGUGUGUGUGUGUGUGUGUGUGUGUGUGUGUGUGUGUGUGUGUGUGUGUGUGUGUGUGUGUGUGUGUGUGUGAUGUUGUGAGCCAUUCUGCAUCAAGUCAUUUCAAAAGUUGCAGCGGACAUUUAUCUGGAUUCAACAACAUCUCACCUUUGAGUGACUUGAACAGAAACUUCAUCAUCACCGCCUUUUAGAGACGAAACACAAGGUCAGCGAGGCAAAGCUGCAGGACUGAGACGUCACUUUGUGUUCGUUGAGUUGGUGUUUGUUAGAAAAAUAUCACUAGUCACAUACAGAGCAUCAACUAGUUCCUGAGCAGUGUCCUUCACAUGCUGAUAUCCAAGAGAGGGAGUUACACAGUCACAAGAUGGAGGAAUAGAAAGCAGUAUUCAAUGUUUAGUUCAGAUUAGCUCCACGUCAGAAAUGAGCAUGCUUGUCAUACGUCUCUCCAUAGAGGCUGAAUCAUCAUGUUAAUCACAUAGCUAUCAUAUGCCUCAAACAGUCCUGAUGCUCUUCUAGGUAAUCACACAUCCUGUCAUGUUCACAGCUACAGUUGGGGUAUACCUUUGUUAUCAUGUUACUCUCAUAUUGACAGAGGACAUUCAGUGUUUUCCCAACAGUGUUUAUACCGUCAUCCUCACUAUUCGUGUUGUAACUGUGAAUCAAAUGGAAACUGCGUUUAGUUGUCUGUGAAUUAUGUUGUGUUUUUGUGGCAAACAAGAUGAAUUAAACGAGCUGAAACCCAU